AGUACUACUAGUUGCUAUGAAAUCUGUGUAGAAGCUUCUUCUACUGAAUCACAAAAAAAAAAAAAAUUGUACACCUUAAUUAAUUAAUUAAGAAAGUACUAUUUCUGAGUAUCUGAUCAGUUUCAUAAUUUUUGUCAAUUUGACUUUUUGACUAUUCCCGCUUGGAUCCAUUCUCUGGUCUUCUCGAAAACGGGUCCUCCAAGCUUCCUAUUUCAUUCCCCCAUAAAUACCAUCUACUCUUCUCUUCAGUCCCUCUUGAUUAAUUCAUACCCAAAAAUCUUCAUCAUCUAAAUCAGAUAUACCCAAAAAAUCCAAUCUUUCGAAUUUUUUGUUUUUUUCCCCCCCUGUUUCUGUUGAGUUUGAUUGAUCUUUAAGAGCCCAAAAAAAAAUAAUGUUGAGCCCUUUUGUUUGCGGGAAUUUCAGCAAUCAAGAAGAAAAUGAUCUUGAGGAGCUUCUCAGCCCUUGUUCCACCCCGAAGAAAUCAAGAAAAUCGAACAAAGAUAGUAAGAACCCUUAUGCAGAUCGAGGUUUAGACACAUUUUCAGCACUGUUAGACGAACUUGAUCGCAAGAAGCAGAAGAUUUAUACCCAGAAAGGGUCGGAGGAUAUAUCUCUAGUUCGAUUCGUUUACUCUGGUUCCAACAAUUGGAGACCAAUUGUUGUCAAAUCCAAGGAUAGAAAGCCAGAAAUCGGAACAACAACAACCAAUGUUGUGAAACAGAGUAAUAAUGUACAGAAUUCAGAAGCCACGGCGCAAGAAUCUGUAAAUUCGGAAUCAGAAAAAGAAGAAUUGCAAAGCCAAUUUGCAGAAAAGAGAAGCGUCAGUUUCUGGGGAGUAAUUGAUGGGUUGAUGAGAAAUCUGAGAAAUCCAUAUUAUCAAUUGACGUUCGUGAUGAUUUUGGUGUUGUUAUUAGUAAUAUUGUAUGGAAGAUCAUUUGCGAUACUCUGUACUUCUCUGGGAUGGUAUUUAGUACCCAUGAUUAAGGAAAGGAGUUCAACUUCAACCUCGGAUAAACCCAAGAACAAGAAAGACAUUACGAGGAGAUUGAGCGAGAAGAACAUGGUGAAUCCGACCAGUGUUGUUGUUAAUGUUGUUGCUUCCUCCGACAAAUCGAAGAACAAGAAGGAUUAUACUCGGAGAUUGAGCGAAAAGAAUAUGGGGACGAAUCGAUCUUCUUCUCCGAAAAGUCCCCGGCAGUCGUCUUCCCCGAAGAGUGUGUUAACGGCACAUUCGCACAAGAAAAGCUGGUGAACUUGUUUGGACGGAGUAAUUCCGAUGAUCGAACUGUGUAUUCUUCUUUCUCUCCUCUGCUGAAUACUCCUAUUUCAUUUUUGGUAGACUAGGUAGUAGGUAGUUUUUGGUGGAAAUUUUUUAUUUUUCCUUUUUUUUUGAAUCUUUCUAAUCUUAAAAGCGUGUUUUGAUUGGAUCGCGAGAAACCAAUCUCUGAAAACCGUGUUUUGAUUGGAUUGGAAAUUACACCAAUCUACUCCUGGUUUGACAUGUUCAACAGUGUAAAUUAUUACAGUAGUCCCUCCGUUCCAAAAAUAAGUGUCGAUUUAGCAAAAUAGAGAAAUUUUAAAAUAAGUGUCGUUCUUACAUUUCAAUGCACUUUUUGUCCAAAGUUUCUAAAAUCACCCUCAAAAGAAUUAAUACUAUUAGUAAAUUUUUUUUUUAAUUGGGUUGGUUGAGGAUAUCCAAGUAAUUUUAUUACUUUAUUUAAGAGUUUCUUAAAUUAUGUGGAAAGUGGAGGGAGUAUGUUAUUAUAAGUUUGGGUUAGACUUAGCAAUUUAGUACAGACAACCUUUUCAUGUUUGUCUUUGUAGUAGUAGCUCUGCUACGCAUUUGUUUUGUAUGAUCAAUUCGAUCGAUUUAUUGUAUUUUGUCCCUUCCAUACAUAUAUGAUUGUUAUCCUGGGCACAUUGUAAUAUGUUACACGUUGUUCUGUUAUUAAUGGUCGUUCUUAAAGAGAAUAUAAUUUCUAGGUAUAAAAACUUUCACGCCAUCACCGUCAUUUCUGUAAAUUCAUUUUUAGAUAUAUAAAUUUACAAUUUUUAUAGGAAAAUAUAGUCAAUAUUAUAACGGUGCAUAAAACAAAUGUCAUUAGACAAAGUACAUAAGUUUAAAGAACUCUUAUUUAUGAUAUGUUAAUCACUAUACUAUCUUUAACCUAUCCACAUUCCCAUUAUCCAUAAAACAAGCAAACGUCAUUAAUUCUGUUAUUUUUGGGGGGUUAAUUUUGAAAUUUUUUUUUACAAUAUCCAUAAAAAAAUGAAACUUAAUUUAGAAUUUUAUUAUUUCCCUCUAAUGACACUAAAACCAGAUUAGUGCGUUCUAGCAUAGCUGUAUCGUCAGGAUUUG